AUGAGAUCAAUACCAACGCGGUAUGUUACAGGAUUUGUCGCAAGAUUUCUCACCCACCCUCUCUCUCUCUCUCUCUCUCUCUCUCUCUCUUUAAUUGUAUUCCUUUUAUUACCCUCUAUCAACCUCUCACACCUAUUAUUCAUUCGCUCUUUUUCAUUCUCUCUCAUUUUUUCCAUCACCCUCUCAGAGCAUCUAUUAUACUCUCUCUCUCGCUUUUCUACUUUUUUUAUCAUUCCUGUCACCCCCUCGCAGCAUGUAUUAUCCUCUCUCUCUCUCGCCCUCAUUUUUAUUCUCACACAUUCUAUCUAUCGCCCUCUUACUGAAUCUAUUAUACACUCUCUCACUUUUCUCUUCUCGUUCAUUAUUUCUGUCACCCCCUCACAUCAUCUAUUAGACUCUCUCUCUCUUUCUCUCUCUCCCAGGUUCCCUCUCAUUUUUCUCGCCCUCUUACAGCAUCUGUUAUCCCCCUCUCUCUUUCGUUUUCUCUCAUUUUCUCUAUCAGAUUUUACAGUAUCUACCCCCCUCUCUCUCUCUCUCAUUUUCAUUCUCUUUCAUUAUUCCGUCACCCUCUCACAGCGUAUGUUAUACUCCCUCUCUUUAAUUUCUGUCUACGCUCUCGCACUUUCACACUCUCUAUUUCUCGCUAUCUUAUUUUCUCUAUUUCUCUGUUUGAUUUUCUCACUCGCUCUUUCUUUUUCGUUUGUUUUUUUUAUUUCCUUAUUAUCUUUCUCUCUCUCUCUCUCAAACACACACAGACGCACAUUCCCUUCUCUUUCUUAUUUAUAG